UUCACUUUUAUAUCUGUAUUUUCGUCUGAAUUUAGCAAGAAACUCACUAGCUGUUUAUAGCUCGAUGGAAUCACGUACGAUUCAUCCCUUCCUUGAAGACAAGACUCUUCUCAUUACCGGUGCCACCGGUUUCCUCGCUAAGCUUCUUGUUGAGAAGAUACUUCGUGUUCAACCAAAUGUGAAAAAACUCUACCUUCUCAUUAGAGCUUCGGACAACAACUCCGCCAAAGAACGCUUCACUCAUGAGGUCGUGAGGUCUGAAUUAUUCAAUGUUAUAAAAGAAAAGAUGGGUACUGUAAACCUCUACUCUCUUGUUCAGGAGAAGGUCUUUGUAAUAUCAGGUGAUGUUUCAUACGAAAAUAUGGGAAUCACCAACUCCGAAUUAAGAGAGAAAAUGCACAAAGAAAUAGAUAUAAUAAUAAACUCAGCUGCAACGACCAACUUUUAUGAAAGAUACGAUACUGCAAUGAAUGUCAACGUAGUUGGUGCCAUGAAUGUCCUCACAUUCGCCAAGUGUUGUACAAAACUAAAAAUGCUUCUUCAUGUGUCUACCGCUUAUGUUUGUGGCAAAGCAACAGGAGUUUUAUCAGAAAAACCAUUUGUUAUGUGUGAGACAAUCAAUGAAAACUCUUAUUUGGAUAUGGAUGUGGAAAGAAGUGUGCUAGCAAACAAACUUAAGGAACUUGAAGCUCUAAAUGCAACGCCAAAAGAAGUUACAAAAGCCAUGAAAGAACUUGGCAUUCAAAGGGCAAAAUUACAUGGAUGGCAAAACACAUAUAGCUUCACAAAAGCAAUGGGAGAGAUGGUUUUGGGACAUUUGAAGGAGAAUCUACAACUCGUUAUCAUACGUCCAACAAUUAUAACUAGUACAUUCAAAGAGCCUUUUCCUGGAUGGAUUGAAGGAGUGAGAACAGUAGAUUCAUUUAUUGUUGCUUAUGGAAAAGGUGUUCUAAAAUUCUACUAUGGUGAUCCUAACUCAAAACUUGAUGUGAUUCCGGGUGACAUGGUGGUGAACUCAAUUCUUGCAGCGGCUAUAGUACAUGAAAAUCAGUAUUCUCAAGAAGUAGUUAUUUACCACAUCAGCUCUUCUUCGAGAGAUCCUCUAAAAAAUGCAGAUAUAAUGUAUUUCACGUUUCAAUACUUCACGAAAAAUCCAUGGGUUAACAAAGAUGGAAAACCCAUCAAAGUGAGGGCUCCUUUGCGUCCAUUUAGCAGCAAGGCUAGCUUUCACAAACAUGUGUCAACUCAUUAUUUGCCACUGUUAAAGAUGCUGAAGUUUGUGAAUCUAGUGUCAUGUCAUUUCUUUGACAAAACCUACAGGAAUAUGAAAAGGAAGAUAUAUACGGCUAUACGUUUAUCUGAAUUGUACGAACCCUACGUAUUUUUCUAUGGAAGCUUUGAUGAUGUUAAUACUGAAAAAUUAAGAUUGGCAAUGAAGAAAAUCAACAUGGAUGAAGUGCUCAAUUUUGAUCCACGUUGCAUCAAAUGGGAAGAUUACUUGAUGAAUACUCAUAUUCCUGGAGUUGUGAAGUACUUGUUCUAGGGAUCACAUUGAAGCUUAAGUUUUACAUUAAAUUUUAACCAAAUAACUGUAAAAGUGAAAAGAAAAGAAAAAACCAAUAAAUUCAAGUGUGCAACCCAUCUAAAUGGUUCAGGUUAGGUGGAUUGGACAAGAAAUAAAGUCAUUAAUGGAUUAAUUUAAUAUAUGGACAUACAAAGUUCCCAA